AUGCGGGUCCUCCUGCUUACGGCGGCGGUCCUGACACUGUUGUUGCUCAUCGGCCACGAAGACCAAGGCUAUUGUCGCCGCAGACGUCGGCGCACCACCACCCGGCCGCCGCCCAUCGACUGCCGGUGGUCGUCCUGGUCUCUGCACUCCUCCGACUGUGGUAACAGCUGUGAAGGGACGAGAACCUACACCAGGUACCGGUCCAGGCCGGCGGACAACGGCGGCCGAGAUUGUGAAGGGCCCAGGCAGAAGACCGAACCAUGUCCAAACUCGGGAUGCCAGAACGGGGGGCAGUGGGGCGGCGCCUACUGUAACUGCAUGAGAGGCUUCUCUGGGUCCUGUUGUCAAAGACGUAUGGAUUCACCUCUUUUACCUGACAUUUUGUUCCGACCAGGUGUGACGUGCCCUCCUCUGGACGCCCCCUCCAACGGUCAGAUCAGCGGUGAUGGCAUGAUCCCUGGCGACGAGGUGCACUUCUCCUGUGACCCCGGCUACUCGUUGUUGGGUAGCAGCUCGGCGACGUGCCAGUCGGAUGGCAGCUGGUCCAAGAACAGACCUAUCUGUCAGAGAAGCUCCUGCCCUGCCCUACCGGUGGUACAGCACGGCUCGAUGUACGGGUCCAUGACUAUCGGGUCCACCAUGACGUUCUCGUGUUUGGACGGCUACACUCUGAGCGGUCCCUCCUCCAUCACAUGCACCGGGGCUCCAAAUGGACAGGGUGUGUGGAGUGCGCAAUCUCCGACUUGUACAGCUGUUCAAUGCCCGACGCUGUCACCUCCUCACCAUGGGACCAUCAGUAGUGUAACAGAGCCCUCUGCCGGGACCUGGAACUCACUGCACUGCGAUACCUCGAGCUCUUUGGUAAACCAAGGCCCGGCUUAUUCCGUGAGCUGUAGAACAGACGCCACCAACUUCAACGCCGAUACCUUCACGUAA